AAGAGAAGGCACUACAUAGGGCAUCUACCCUGGCAUCCUGAAUUUCGGGUAUCCAUCUGCCUACCCCGCCGACAUUAGGUACCGACUAUAAUCAGCCCUGCGACCGAGACUCGGGAUUCGAGAACGGAACUCGAUCGAAGCCCGCGGAGCUCGUCGGACCCGAAGACUUUGAUCCGAGACAAGUCGGCCUCGCUUUUUUCUGGGGGUCAACCCGGCAGACUGGCUUUCCAAGCACUUCGAGCUGCCGGCCUUACUGCCGGCCUGGGACUUGCCGCCCUUUACCUUUACCGCGAGAGUCAGCAGCGGAGUCGACCGACGGUUAUGGCAUCGCCAUUCAGCUCCCUCCAGGGCAACGGCCACUUGGACCCCGUCCCCGGCAGAGAGGUCGUCUAUUGCCAUGAUUGCAACCACGAAUGGUACCGUGCCGAGCGCGAUCCACUCCAGUGUACGCGUUGCAGCAGCGACUUUACCGAAAUCAUCGAGCCUCAUAGCGAUCCUCGUGAUAUGGACGACUUUCCCUCGCCUCCCCCAGACUUUAGCAGGUUUGGCUUUGGCUUUCGCAACCCUCGUGCGGCAUCCUACUCCGAUCCCGAUGAAGGCGAUGUCGAUGAUUAUUUGCAGUCCGGGCGGAGAGGUUUCUUCCCACGCCAACCAUCGCGGUUCUCGCCGCCCGGACCCCGCGAGUCUAACGACCCAUUACCGGACCAUGGCGACGGAGAUGCGACCAUGCGGCGAUUUGCCGACAUGCUUAGGAACAUGAACGACGGCGCUGCAAGAGGGCCGCCUCCCCCGCCAUCGUUUCAUUCAAGGCGUACUCCAGACGAUCUUCACUUCCCUGCCUUCCCGAGAGUUCAGCGUGCAGCAUUUAGGUCCGGGCCCAUCUCCGUUGAUGCCACGAGCGUGACGAUCACGACCGGCCGGGGCGGACCGGGCUCUGACUUUGGCACGUAUGUCUUCCUAGGACACCCUCGCAUUCCAGGACCUGUUAGAAGGACUAACAAUCGUGGCGCCCCCAGGCUGUUUGCACAUAUCAUGAAUCCAGCGCUACCUCCAGAUGCCAACGAUAGGAAUCGACAGGUAGGAGCGGGCCUCCAACAGUUUGGCUUCCUCCAGGAGUUUCUUUCGACCUUGCUCAACCCGCAGAUGGCAGUCCAUGGCGAUGGAGUAUACACCCAGGAGGCUCUUGAUCGUAUAAUUACUACGCUCAUGGAGGCUAAUCCGCAGUCAAAUGCCGCACCGCCUGCGUCCCAAACCGCCAUUGAGCAGUUGGAACAAAAGCAGGUCGACGACGAAAUGCUCGGGUCAGAGGGCAAGGCCGAGUGCACAAUCUGCAUAGAAGAGCUACACAAGGGUGACCAGGUUUUGUUCUUGCCCUGCAAGCACUGGUUCCAUGGUGACUGCGUCAAACUCUGGCUGAGGCAGCACAACACCUGUCCCAUCUGCCGUGCGCCAAUCGAAGCAGGUGGCGAUGGCCGGAAUAACGCCCAGCAGCAGCAGGCGCCUGACGCGGCUACCGAGCAGAGACAGCAACCUCGGAUACCCACAGCCGCCCCUAACGUGUUGUUUCCAGAGCCGUUGUCUUUCCCGUCACCAUCUUCACAUCAACCAUCACAGGCUGGUCGACCAGAACGUCCGGAGCGCCCGGAUCGACUUCGCACUUUCAGGGAGAACGAACAGCGACUCAAUUAUAUUCGCACUGCGGCCGGACUUCCGCCGCCUAGCUCACGACCUAGACAGUCGCGCCAUCCCUCUUUGUCACCCUCUAGUUCCCGAACCUAUUCGUUUUCCGAUAACCCUGCUAGUGACAGGGAUACAAGUCCCUCACUACCACGAGAUCGCGAUGAAGAGAGCGGUCCCUCGCAGCUACGGCAGGAUAACUGGAAUUUGUCUAUAUCGGGAGGCGUAUACGGCGGUAGCAACGCCAGCAGACGACGUCCUGGCAGCGGAGAGCGGGACAACCGUGACGGACAGACUAGCCACAACCCGCUGAACUGGCUUAGGGACCAUCUCGGACGGGGACCUAAUCGAAAUUCGGAGAGAGACCGCAGACGCUAGGCUAGGGCCAAGGCCGGCAGACUGAUGACUAACAUGAAUAAGCAAAUUUCGCGGAGUUUGGGAGAACAUGGUUGCUUUUUUUGUUGAGGACACUUUGGAGCAGACCUUGCCAGCGGCGGAAUGUCUGAGGGGCCUUUGGGGGCUCGUUGGCCGCAUCCUAGGCUUGAGGCUUUCAGGCUCGUGUGGAAGCAACUAGGAUCGGGUGUUCUUACGUGCCUCUUUUUUCACCUUUUAUUUCUCUUCUGUGUCUAUCUUUUAUUUGGGGACCACUG